AUGGAUACGAACCAGCCAUGGGGCUACUCAUGGCGCUCAUCGCGGUUUCUCAUCGUGUCCUCGAUCACAGUGGCUUUGUUCGCAGAGACAUUUUUAUUCGGGUUCCUAACCCCGAUUCUGAGCUACAUGCUUGAAGAGCGAUUGCAUAUUGAUCCAUCGCAAACUCAGAGAUACACUACAAUUCUACUCACCAGUCAUGGAUUCGUGGGUCUGAUCUCUGCUCCCGUCAUUGCCUACUUGGCCGAGAAGACGGCAAGCCAGAAGACACCGCUAUUGUUCUCGCUGGCGGGAUGUCUCAUUGGAACCUUGAUGAUUGCAUUUUCCACAUCCGGUAUGUUGAAUUUAAUCCUACAAAUCCUUGAUCGAACUAACUUUGGGAAAGUAUGGGCUCUCUUUACGGGUCGCGUCCUGCAAGGCGCAGCGGGAGCCGGCACUUGGGUCGUGGGAUUUGCGUUGCUGGCCAACAAUGUCGAUAAGAAGAAUCUCGGUGCCUCAAUGGGGAUGGCCAUGUCAUUUGUCACUGCAGGGAUGGUCGGAGGCCCCACGGUCAGCGGUGCUUUACUGCAGAUGUUUGGAUACUGGACUGCAUGGUCGCUCCCCUUGCUUGUCCUCGCUUUGGAUAUCUUCGCCCGAUUGAUCAUGAUUGAGCCAAGAAACCCAAGCAUAGACUUAAAAAUCCCCGAGAACUCCGGCACUAACGAUUCACCGGCAGAGUCUACUGCUCUACUAUCAGACGCUGCACCCACCAAGCCAAAUGAUUAUGGAGCGGAGGACAAAGGUGAUCAAAAACGAGUAUUCUACAAGGCCAUGCUUUCUGAAGCUCGAGUUUUGAUCUCCGUGGCGAAUGUUGUCGUCGUCGCAGCUCUCAUGUCCGGAAUUAACAACACCCUCCCCGUUCAUCUGCGGGAUGUCUUCGGAUGGAAGAGCUUCCUCAUCAGUAUGAUGUUCUUCUGUCUGCAAGUUCCGAAUAUCGUUCUCAGUGGCCCGGCUGGAUGGCUUCGUGAUCGACUCGGACUACGAGGCCCUACCACCUUCGGCUGGGCGGCGACUGUUCCUUUGAUUUUGCUUUUGGGCGCUCCAGGGGACUCUCACUUCCCGUGGGCAGGCGACGUAGCUGGCAAGUCCAUUUUUUCUGGCAGUCUGCUUGCCUUGGGAAGUGUUCUUCCUCUGGUUCGUGGUGUUGGGGCUGUUCAAUUGGCCUAUGUCGUGAAGGAUAUGGAAGCCAAGGACCCACGCGUGUUUGAGAUCAACAGAAGCAACUUGCGAGUGUUUUCCAUGACUGAAGUGGGAUUUAGCCUUGGGAUGAUGCUCGGGCCUCUUUUGACCGGGUCGUUGUUUGAAACAGUCGGCUUUUUCUACAUGACUGUUGUUCUGGCUUUCAUCUGCUUCAUUCAGGCUGUUUUCUCGUGGGUUUGGUUGGACACCAAGCUCCCAAGCCUAGAAGCCGAAUCCUCAGCUUGA